AUGAUGGAACUGAUGCAGAAAUACGUCAAGGAUGACGGGGCGGUUGGGAUCGAUAAUCCUGAUCGCUGGCGGAAUUGCCCAGCUGCUAUUGAAUUUCUCUCCGCGACGACGUCAGCGGGCUCAUUCAAGGAAUUGAAAAGGCAGCAUCUCUUGGCAGAAAUCCGCUGGGCUCCUGGUUGUCACGGCGCUCUACUAGGAUAA